GCAUGCUUUCACUUUCAUCAAAGCAGAUGAACUCGUCUACAAACUACAACUACAUCAUGAAAGAGCUUGAGACAACUGAUGUUAAGUCUAAGAGUCGUAUCCCAAGACUCGGACUUCUGACGUUCCAUCACCGGGCCGUAGGAGACAAGGUCCACCUGAGUCAAGGGUGUCGCCAUGCAAAGAGAUCAAACGACAGCUACGAAAACGGCCUUUUGUUCAGCAAUCGUCCCGUGAGCGUCCAGGAGCGGAUUCGGGUGCGAAUCGAGGCCAAUUCUGCCUCAUGGGACGGAACCAUGAGAGUGGGCUUAACCAGCGUUCCUCCAGACUCCCGAUCUCUGCCCCUGCCCAGUGUGGCCAUCCCUGACCUCAAUGACACCCACGGGCACUGGGUGGCUCCCAUGCAUGAAGAGUUCUGCAAGGCAGGAUCAGAGUUUGAGUUCUGGGUGUCAAGAUCGGGCCGCUUGUAUGUUUCCAACCAGAGCGUCCGGAAGCACAAGCUAUUAGAUGAAGUGACGCUCAGUCAGCCUGUGUGGGCCAUGUUUGACCUUUAUGGACAGACAUGCGCCAUUACUCUCUUGGGCUCUGAGAAACGCUUGAUGUGUUUCACCAUGAGGUCACGUCAGAGUCUGCCCUCGUCUGUUUCUGAUACAAACUCCAUGACAUCUGAUGACUUCUCCCAUCGCAACCAGUUGCUGUUGACAACAGAAGAGGGAGGAGAAGAAGCGACCUGUGUGGUAUGCCUGGGUGAGAAACCCAUCAUCUCUCUCCCUUGUGGCCACUGUUGUUUGUGUCGCGCGUGCGCAAUCAGGGUCUUUGAGAGUUUUGGGACGUGCCCCCUGUGCAGGCGGAGCAUGGACUCACUGCUGAUGUUUUGAAAGCUUGCCACUAGCAGCAUGGAGUUAC